AUGAAUACACCGUCGAUCAUGCUAUUACUAGUGCCCCCUGCCAAGCGGAAAAGAGCCAUUCAUGUUUGGGCUGUUUUCAACCGAAGCAAAUCAUGGGCCGUACCGAGUCUGAUGCUCGAUAACAAGGCUUGGGCUGAGUGGGCCUCGGCUCAAGCGAUCGACAAAGAUGGCAAGCUUUGGUUCGGUCACUGA